UUCAUUUGACUAUUUAAGUUGAUAUGAAGUGCUAUUUUCAGUUAUAACCGUAUCUAAAAUUUAGGCAUACAGGUUGAUACACACCUAAAAUCUAUUCCAGGGAUAAAAGCGAAUAUUUCAAGCCGUUGCAAGACAAUUCUGGAAUCAAAAUGGGUUAUCAGAAGAUUGUCAUCAAUGGAGGGAAUCAUAAUUGGUGUAUUCUUCUAAUAUCACUGAUCCUGCUUCUAGUAACUUCAUCGUCAGCCACCUUCGACGAAAUAUCUGAUAUAAGUCUGAAUGACGUACCUGGAGUUUGGCGAGGAAUUCCCGAGGUUACCAUCGAGACAGUAGGUUCUAUCGUUAGCAGAGAUUGUCAAAUCUGUGUGGAUGACACUUACUGGAACACUGACAUUGCUGAUAUCGUCUGUCAGUAUAAUGGAUUCGAAGGCUCUAUGAUAGUUAAAAGGGAUACAACACCUGCCGAAACUGGCCCCCUCUUAGAUUUAGAUGGUUACGCGGUCUGCAGAAAGACAAACAACUCUGAACUACCACUUGAGUGUGAAUUCAGAGAGACAUGUGCGAGGGUUCCUACGAUAUCCUGCUUAGUUCCAGGUUAUCAGGGCUGUUACUCCCACACGGUUACCGAUCCGUUCUUUUCCGAUGGUGUGCAGGCAGAGUUAGGGGAUCAGCAAGUUAAUAUCCUGACGUGUGCCGAGGCAUGCUCUGAUAGUCCAUACCUAGGACUUGCUAACGGUCAGGACUGUAUCUGUGGAUCAGCACUGGGUGAUCGUAGUCUUGUAGGAGUCUGUGAUCUGGAAUGCCAAGGAGAUGAUUUACAGCAGUGUGGUGGAGUAAACGCUAUCUCCGUGUAUGGUGCGGAUGUGAUCGGCGAGUGUGGUACAUCUACACCUGUGGAGCUGACUCCCAAUCAACCAUAUUACGUAACAUCUCUGGGAUUUCCCGGUAGGUAUGAGUUUAACGCCGGAUCAUGUACCUGGACAAUGGUAAUUAGUGUUACAGCUUUCCACGACCUAGAGGUAUUGACGACAUUCGACUUAGGUGAUGGCAACCAGCUUAGUAUAAAUGCUAAGCCCUUAAGUGCCACCUAUAGUGGCCAGGAUGGAACAUCUAGGAUUGUAAGAACUCCUUAUGCAUAUCUACAAGACACUAUCACGGUCUCUUUUACUGUCUCGAGCCCUUCUACACUAAAUGACUUCCACAUCAAGUUCAGUCUUACACCUAACUCCAUGUACACGAGCGCUCCUGAUAUGCCAACUCUGACGAACGUUGAACAGACAGGACCUACUACCGCUCCAAUAAUGGAGUCAACUACUUCGAAGGCCAUGCAAGCUGUAAUCACGUCAAGUAUCUCGACUGCCAUAGGAGUGGUAAUUGCUUUUGUUCUCGUGGUCUAAAAGGUACCUUGGCUGCCUUAGGAGUGGUAAUAGCUUUUGUUCUUCUGGUUUAAAAGGUAUUCUUCGUUUUCCCGAGACCGACUGAUGUAAUGAGAAAAGGCGAGGAACAUGGACAUUGGAUUGUUUGUAUUGUUUCUGUUUUUAUGAACUUCUCGGGGGUAAAAAGAUGAAAAUCGAAAAUCCGGUAAUAACAAGGAAAUAUUUUCAUGGGCCAACUUUAAAGGGAAAUCUAACCUUGCCAGCAAGCAGCUCAAGAGCAAAGCAAAACACUAAGAAAAGUAGACUAGUAAAAAUUUGAAUGAAAGCGGACAAAAAUUGUGGAUUUUUAAAAGUUGUAAUCACGGACUCUUCAAAUUGGAUGAAUCGGUAAUUUAUCUGUGAUGUAGUGGCGGACAACUUUAUUUUUGUUCCAACACAUAAAAUGACUAAAAUUUAAAUUUUUCAAAAAUGUAUGAGUCGUGAGGGUCUUUUCUUUUUAGAGGACCUAUAAUAAUAUGCUAUCUAUAACAUAUUUUGAGUAGUGUACCAAGGGAGAAAGCAUUUAGGAGAAAAAACAGAACUUAAACAUAUUUAAUGAACUCGAGAAACGGGAGAGUUAUACGCGACUACGUCACAAUCCAUUGACCAAACUGCCAAUUUGAGAUUCGCAUAGACUACAUGACCUCAUAUUUCAAACAUUCAUAACUUUCUUAUUAUUGGUCCGAUUUAUUUCAAACUCUGCUUUCUAGCAAAAUAAUGAACUUAUACAAAGGUUGGAUCCUUUUUGCUCCUCACAGAAGUCGCCUUAGAAUCUUGUAAGCCUGCUUCAUACCUAAAAAAUAAUCAAUUAUUCUGAAAGGUUCAGUGCAUUAUACGUGUUAACAAUAUGAUAUUCGACGGGACAACAUUUGAUACUUUAAUGAGGGCGAUUGUCUUUAAACUGAGGUUUACAAAAUUGUUUUCCUAAUUGAUCCUAUCAAUACUGGAUAUCAGUGAAUUCUUUAAGUACCACAUACCUCUGACAUUUUUACCUAUGAUAUUUCUACCUCAUAAUUACAUGAUCAAAUUUUUUCAUCAUGAUUACAUGAUAAGUUUGCCAUUUUUCUCCCACAUGUAUAUUCUCAAUUUUCAAAAUUCGUCGAUGUUUCAUUGAUCUGAUCAUUACUUGUAUCUAUAUAUGGAUGACUUUCUUUCAUUGUAUUUUAAAGCGUUCAGAACAGAUAAUUAAUGGAUGAUGGUAUUUAAAAUACUUUAGUCUUAUAUAGUUGCCGGCUGGACCGGUGUAUUAGUACAUUUAAAUUUACUUUUCUUGAUGAUUUGUUUGGUUAUUUUAGUUGAAAUUCCCUCUUUUAUUUCAACCAGUGUCUUUAUAAAGCGUUUAACAUUUCAGCACUGAAAUUGUUCUUCCUGUUCUUCCUUGUUUUGAAAUGAUUUAUGUUUUCUAUCUUUUAUUGUGAUAUAAAGUUAAUUUUUAUUUUGUUAUUGUAUAAUUGUUGUGUACUCGGGUAGAACAAUAAUUAAUAAAUAAUG